UCAUGCGACCAAAACGAUGGCGUUGAUCACACUCCAUUCCCUAUAAACCCCAAAACCAAAAAAAUAGAAUAAAAAUAAAGAAAGAAAGAAAGAUAUUUUCAAUUUUCCUUUUUUCUUUUGCAAAUAAAAAAAUUAAAGAUCUAAUCAAAUAACAGAAAACGCAACGAAACAAACAAAAGAAAAUCGUAGAUAAGACAGCCUUUUCAAGCCAUAUAUAUAUGCGCCCACAACACAUGCCAGUUCAUUCCAUUUCUCUUCAGAACUCUAAUCUCUCUCUCUCUCUCUCUCUCUCUCAUAAACUGACACAUCUCCUCCACCUUCCGUAGAUCUCUCCUCGAAACUGUAACACUGAAGCUUCUUCUCUGAUUUACUUCUCUUUUUCUUUUACUUAUAUCCUUCAGAGUUUGAUCUGUGUCUUUGAUAAAAAAAAAAUGGACGGCGGCGAUGGUACGGUGAGGCUAGGGGCUCUAAACUUGAGGCCGGAUCGGAGUGGCUUUGAUUCAGGACCUGAUGUCUCUGUAUCAUCUCCAGUGACGAGACAAAAAGCUGCUGCUGCCAAACAGUUCAUAGAGAAUCAUUAUAAGAACUACUUACAAGGAUUGCAAGAUCGUAAAGAUAGACGACAAGCACUGCAAAGAAGAGCACAAGAAGCAAGGAUAUCAAACGAGGAACAAGAGGAGAUGAUGAGGAAUUUGGAACGGAGAGAAACUGAAUAUAUGAGACUCCAACGACGUAAAAUCGGAAUCGAUGAUUUUGAACAGUUAACUGUCAUUGGUAAAGGUGCAUUUGGUGAGGUCAGGUUAUGCCGAGCUAAAAGUACUGGAGAGAUAUUUGCCAUGAAGAAACUGAAGAAGUCUGAGAUGCUUAGCCGUGGACAGGUUGAGCACGUCCGAUCUGAGAGGAACUUACUCGCGGAGGUUGACAGUCGAUGCAUCGUAAAACUAUUCUAUUCUUUUCAAGACUCUGAUUUCUUAUACCUUAUCAUGGAAUAUUUGCCUGGUGGGGACAUAAUGACAUUAUUGAUGAGAGAAGAUAUUCUUUCUGAAGAUGUUGCACGCUUUUACAUAGCAGAGAGCAUUCUAGCUAUACAGUCAAUUCAUCAGCACAGCUAUGUUCAUAGGGACAUAAAACCAGAUAACCUGAUACUGGACAAGAAUGGCCAUUUGAAGCUUUCAGAUUUUGGCUUGUGCAAGCCCCUGGAUGAUAAGUAUUCAUCAAUUUUACUUGAAAAUGAAGAUAUUUCUCAAGAAGGUACAAAUGAAGCUGGGGGACAUUCUGGCAGUGAAGCUCCUUGGUCAAUGCCAAAAGAAGUAUUACAGCAAUGGAAACGUAAUCGCCGUGCACUGGCUUAUUCAACUGUUGGAACUCUUGAUUACAUGGCACCUGAAGUGUUGCUAAAGAAGGGAUAUGGAAUGGAGUGUGAUUGGUGGUCCCUGGGUGCAAUCUUGUAUGAGAUGCUUUUAGGCUAUCCUCCCUUCUGUUCAGAUGAUCCCAGGAUUACAUGCCGAAAGAUAAUCAACUGGAAAACAUGCCUCAAAUUCCCUGAUGAACCAAAGAUUUCAAACGAGGCCAAAGAUCUUAUUUGCCACUUGCUAUGUGAUGUUGAGACAAGGCUGGGAACCAGAGGAGUGGAUGAAUUAAAGGCACAUCCAUGGUUCAGAUGCACUCAGUGGGAUAUGCUGUACGAAAUGGAAGCUGCAUAUAAGCCUGUAGUGAAUGGAGAUUUGGAUACCCAAAAUUUUGAGAAGUUCCCUGAUUUGGAAGGCCCACCAUCUGCAAUACCAAGAGUGGGACCAUGGAGGAAGAUGUUGACAUCAAAAGAUACCAAUUUCAUUGGAUUCACUUUCAAGAAAUCAGAUGUCAUCAACUCAAUGGAAAGUUCAGGUACAUAUGCGAAAUCAAAUGCAUCUUCAAAGGCCCCAUCUUUAAUUUCCUUGUUAGGUCGGAUUGACCUGCAAGAAACUGCCGAAUUAGAAGGCGAACAUACACUGCAAAGUUAAUUUCCAACCAUCGUGUUUUGCUUUGGUUGUAGAGUUGCUUGUUCAGACAUGAAUAAUAAUUAUGUGAUCUGAUCGUCGGGUUCUAUUCAUUUUUAUUUUCACCAAAAACGAUUUGACACUGUAAAUCCAGUAAAUAGUUCAACUCAAAUUGGAAUGCGAUUUUUUUGGAGAGCUUAUUGUUUUUAAA